AUCUAGUCUAAAUCUACUCUGGAUCUAAACCCAUGUGAUUGAUGUUAGAGAACACUGCCAGUAUGUCCUCUGAAUAGGGAGAGAUGCUUCUAAACUUUUUAUAUGCCACAGAUGUGUGUCUAUUUUUGUGAAUUUUUGGAAACACAAGCAAGGCUGAUUGUAGAGUAGCAGCCUUUUUGAGGUAAUAGUGAAAUAUUGCUCUUUCUAACCUAGUCCUUGAGGCCAUACUGGUAAUAUGCUGCAGAUUAUUUUUUCUUUUUUUCACUGUGAGAGUACUGCAGUAACGUUUAAUUCUGUACUAAUAUGUCUGUUCCUUGAGUGCAAUAUACAGGCAGAGUCUUAAACACUGAGAAAAUUUGAGCACAUUGAUAGAUACCUUUGAUGUGAUUAAGACAUUUCCAGUAAAUUAUUCACCAGAUGGCACAUCAAAGGAAGUUACUCAAAUUGCAUUUCAGAGCUUCAGCUAAUCUCUAAAGUGUGUGGGCUACCAUCCAGGCUGCAACAUUUUGCAUGAGUUAGUUGUCCUUUAUUACCUUGCGUAAUGUGGUGAUUUGGCCUUCUUUUGUCAUCAAGCAGUACCAAAACCCAGAAAGGCGGUCAGGAGGGAAUAGUUUUGAACCAUGUGUGCCUCCAGAUUUGGGACUCCUGACUAUUUCUUUGUAGGAGGCCAACACUGACAGAAUAUAACCAUGUUUUGGUUCCCAUUUUCUUGGCUGUUGUCCCCUACUGUCCAUUAUCUCCCUCUGUUGUGCCUAUUGCCUUCCUACCUCCUCCACAUCACAGGUGCUUGGUACUGAUGCUCCACGGUGCAGAUGAAUGCUAUGAGGUGAACUUAGCAUGGUGGGAUGCUACCUGAGGCUUCAUCCACAUUUAGAAGAGGUGACACCCACCUGCCCUCUCCAGCUGACAGUAAUGAGAGUGCUCAUGGUCUUAAGUAACAGAAAAUGUUGAUGACUUUGAAGGAGCCCAUUGUUCUGCAGCCUAAGCUACAUGGUUUUGGCCAGUUAGAUCUGAAGUCAGGCAACCAUUUAGCCUCUCAAUUCUUUCAAGAUUUCUCAGGGUUUACUUGCACUCCAGGUAUUUGUUUUGCUGGAUUGGGAUCCAGCUCCUCAUCUCUUAAGUUUUUAAUUCCUGAUGCUGCCAUUUGGAUGUCCAGUUCAGUCAUUCUCUCAGCAUUCAGAGAGGAACAGCCUCCCUUUAAUAUACCAGUGACUGUGCAUUUUAUAGCAGAGAAUGUGCAUCAGCCAUUAUAUGUCUGAGCUUUAUCCUCUGUGAUUUAAACUGUGAGUGGGUAGAAUCUACCACUAUCACUUACACAAAGCCCAAAUUGAUACAGCCAUAAUGUAGGACUCUGUGAAAUUCUGCCAACUGCUGGGGAGGCAUUAUCCAGUUUAUUUGUAUGCAUCUCUCUCUUUCAAGAUCUUUUUAAACGUGCUGCAGUAUAAUUUCCAGAAGGAUAAAGACUACUUAAAUGAAAACAGCAUGCACCAACCUGUUUAGUGCUGCAAGGAAGGUGGAAUAUUCAUAAUAUUCAGCCUUUUUUCAGGACUACAUGUUGCCCUUCUGCCCAGCUAAGAGAAUGGAAAGACCUCAACAGACUCCAGCAGGCUGAAAUGAAGAAAUGACUUACUGAGGCUCCAGUAAGUGUUCAGGAAUGUGACAUCCAAGAGAAGAUCAACUUUGAGGUCCGCAUGCGAGAAGGCAUCUGCAAACUGCUGGCAGCGAGCACGCAGAAGGAGCAGCUCCUGCGUGUGGUGAAGAACCUGAUGGUUUGCAAUGCUCGCAUCCGGGCCUACAGGGCAGAGCUGCAGGGCCCAAAGGAGGAGCCCAGCCCGGGCAGGACUGAAGAGCAGUUUUCAGAAAAUGGGACAAAAGACCGGAUGGCAUGCAGAGCAAAGGUUGCUAUAUCAGAUAUUCGAAUACCAUUAAUGUGGAAAGGCUCUGAUCACUUCAGCAAUAAAGAAAAAUCACAGCGCUAUGCAGUGUUUUGUUUGUUCAGAAUGGGAGCUGAGGUUUUUGAUACUGAGGUGACUAUUGUGGAUAAAGCAAUAACAGAUAUCUGUUUUGAAAAUGUAACCAUAUUUGAUGAAGCAAGCCCAGAUUUCCAGGUGAAGGUUGAAGUGUAUAGCUGCUGUACAGAGGAGUCUUUAUAUAUAACAAACACUCCUAAGAAACUGGCAAAGAAACUUAAAACGUCCCUCAGCAAAGCUACAGGGAAGAAACUCAAAGCUGCACUGGAGGAAGACAGCAUUGAACCCCUUUUGCCUGCUGACCCAGUCAUCCAUGGUGCAAAGUACAGUUUGCUAGCAUACACCACUUUGGGGCUGGAAAGCGCUGAGGACAAUUUCAGGACCCACAACCUUACCAUUACAGGAAAUGAGGAAUCCUCUUUUUGGCUGCCCCUGUAUGGAAACAUGUGUUGCCGUUUAGUUGUCCAGCCCUCCUGCAUGGCCAGGGAUAUGAUGGCAGGAUUUCUAAACCAGCAGCAAAUGGUAGGAGGUCUAAUGAGCUGGAGGAGGCUGUAUUGUGUACUGAGAGGUGGCAAACUCUUUUGUUAUUACUCACCAGAAGAAAUUGAGGCUAAACUGGAGCCAGCAUUGACAGUUUCCAUCAACAAGGAAACCAGGAUUCGAGCUGUGGAUAAGGACUCCAAGAGAAGAACUAAUAACUUCUCUGUUAUCAACCCUGUGUCUGGAGAGGCUGUGACGCAACGUUUUGCUACUGACAGUAGGGAUGAACUUCAUAAGUGGAUGGAGGCUUUCUGGCAGCACUUUUAUGAUCUGAGCCAGUGGAAACAUUGUUGUGAGGAACUUAUGAAAAUUGAGAUUAUGUCACCACGGAAACCACCUUUGUUCUUGACAAAGGAAGCGACCUCCGUCUACCAUGAUAUGAGCAUUGAUUCUCCAGUGAAGCAUGAGGGCUUAGCUGAUAUCAUACAAAGGAAAAUUGAAGAGAGUCAUGGUGAGUUCCUUCUUGGCCAGCAAGAAGAGUCUGCAUCUGCCCUAUGGGCUUCACUCUUUGAUGGAUCUCAUGAGAUGACUGUUCAGAAAAACACGCAUCUGGACCCAAAAAGAGAUGCUACAAGUCCUAAUGACAGCAGAGGAAAGAAAAGAAGAGCUCCACCUCCACCCUCUGAUAAGUCACCAUACAGUGCAAAAGCACAGGUGAACACAGAGCAACUGGGCAAGGAAAACUGGGGGAAGCCUGACCCCACAUCUGCCAGUAGCUCUUCCUUUGAGUCAGUGUUAGCUACAAAAAUGCAGCAGCUGCAGACCCCCAUUGCUGCUCCUCGCAAAAUUGGUCCUUGUAGAAAAAGUGGUUUAGCUGGCCCGGGGAAUCCCAUUUCUCUAGUCAGCAAGACCAAGUCUGAAACCAAACCGGUACCAACCCCUAGGCAGAAAGGCAUCACAGAAAUACUAGACCCCAGGUCCUGGUUGCAUCCGUAGGCAUCACAUUUAGCUUAGAGGAGUCCUUGGAAUUUUCUCAGCCUUCUCCUAAUACUCUUCAGUAAAAGUAGAUUUCAGCAUAUAGCUCAAGUGUUUCCUGUAUGCCAGGGCAUUCCUGCUAGCUGCAGUCUCAGCUGUACUCAUUAGUGCUCACUAAUAAUAAUCUAAAUAAUUGCACUAGAAUGGGGUGGGGGGGUUUCUCUCUGUCUGGAGUAACGGUGCUAUUUUUGAAAACAAUAGUUCGGUACUUUCCUCUUGAAAAAACCACAGUGUUCAGGUUAACCUCAGCUGUCCCCACAGCAGGAAUGUAACCAGUACCUUCUACCAGUCUUCAGCUUAGCCCAUCCACAGCUCCUCAGACUACUUAAGUGGGAAUUCACACAUAUUCAGCACAGAUCUUGCAAAGCUGAUUUUCUUUGGCUCCAUGCUUGGCUUCACCUAAAAUAUCCCUCUCUCUCCCUCACUGUUUAGGAAACACUGCUUAUAUGGUAAUCAAGUAUGAAAAGCUUUUGUGCUGUUCUGAAUGGCUCUGUAACUCCAUAUGAAUUUCUGAGGCAGUUCUAUCAAUUUAGCAUGGGAUUUCCCAAGCUCCUGCUGGUUCAUGUGCUGUCUAAAUGGAUCAGGGUUAUCUGUCUUUGAGCAAGGAUAUGUUCCAUCACUGCUGCUUAUUUUGGGUUAAGACAAGUGUUUAAAAGCAGUGCCAGGUAUGAGCACGUGCUCAUAUUAUGGUUGUUUUUCCUGACAAACGUGGCUCUGUAACACAGCUCGUCCUUUGUGGAGCCUCUCAGCUGUUUCUGGUAGGGAGUUGGUUUGUAAACAGGCAGUGUUACUGGUAAACAAACAGGGUUUUUCACCACUUGUUCUUUCUGCAAUAGCAGAGAAUAAGCACUUCAGGUGAAGAUACUGAACCUUGAUAUUCUUCCAUCAGACUGUUCACCAGUUCCAUAAGAAGCAUGGGUUCUUAAGGUUCCUGUGGCACCUGCAAAACAUCUACUGCAUAAGGAAAAGCUGCAUUCUCCUGGAUCCACUGCUUAAAUACCCCACCAUUUCCUUGGUUCAUGCAUUUAUCUCAGAUGCUGGAACUUAUCCAAGGGCAAAGGUCUGCUUGCAGUUCUUCCUCUGGAGCCUUGGUGCUCAGACUGGUGUUGAGAGGGUCAUAUCAGCAACUGUAUAAAUAGUUCAUUUUUUGUUGGUUUUUUUUUUUUUUCCCCAAAGUGUGGAUGGCUCUGGGAGCUUUACCAUUUCUCCAGAAGAUACUGUGGGCAUAGUUGGCUGGUUGGUUUAUUUUAUCUAAAUUUUUGUCUUCAGCUAAGCUCUUGGCUGCACAGCUAUAAAGGUAUCUGCUGAAUUCCCUCAGUAGUUCGUUGGCUAUUUGGGAUGGGGUUGAGAGGCAGGUUUCAUUUACAAAUCCUUUUGCAGGAUUAGAGCCCUUUGUUCUAGAAUGUCCUUGUUCAUUCUUCGUUUAAUCACAUUCCAUUUUCCCUCUGAAACAACCAUAAUCAUUCUUACAAUAAAUCAUGCUGUUACUUAAGUGGAUGGUUUGUGAAUGGUUUAUAAAUAGGAACAGAAAAACUGAAGAAUAACUACAUGAUUAUGUAAAUCAGACAGUCGACUAAGUGGACUGUACAACUCUGAACAAGAAAUGGAAAAAAUAAAUGGGGGGGAGAAAAAACAUAUUUUCCAAAAUGCAGCUGCAGUUUAUUUAGCUUUAAAUCUAGCCUUAAAUGUUGCUGUGCUUGGAAAGAAAAAAACCACCUUUUUCUUGGUAACCCCCUUUCAUUUAGUGAAAUAUAUAUUUAAAAAUAAAUCUCAUAAAUAUAUAAGGCAAGAAGGCACCAUAAUGAGGAAUUAUUUUUAAAUUCAACAGGCCAUUGAAUUUCAACAAGCAGUUUCUCUAUUAAAUUCAGUGGCUUUGUUUUGAACUGAACAUACAUAUUUUAGCAAGGCAUUUAAUAUUAAUUUGAAGUCUUCAAGUGAUGAGAAUUCACUCAUACCUCCUGUUGCAAUACUUAAUUACCCCAGGUACAUUUUUCAUUUGAUUUUCUAUUUGCAUUUCUAGCUCCACCUUAAGUUAUUUUGGUCUUUUUAUGCAUUUGAUUGCUUAUAUUGAUCUCUGUAGUAUCAGCUUUUCUAAUUGCUUGUGUGUAGUUAUAAAUCAUGAUUAUGUCCCUUUUAACCUUUUCUCUGAUGAGAUGUACUGAAUUCCUUAACUUUCCUAUGGCAGUGAAUGUUAUCCAAGGCUAAUUAAUCUUCACGUUCUUCUCUGUAUUUCUCAUGUAUAGAAAUAUUUGUAAGGGUGACAUCUGAAUUAGAUGCCAUAUGUCAAUAGUGAUCCAUCAGGACUGUACAGACACAUAAUGUGAUCCUCUGAUGAAUAUCUCCCUCCCUCUCCUCUCAAAAAUUGCAUUGUCCUUUUUUUUUUGUGGAGGCAUUGCCUUGCAUGCUGACUUUUAUGGGCCAAGUCGUCUUCAGAGUCUUUCUCAAGAAUGCGGUACAUCAUUCUCUUAUUAUCCUACCUUAUAUUUUCUUGGAAAUACACGUUGUAUUUUACCAGCGUUAAAAUACUGCUCAUGAACUGAUCCAGAUUGCUCUGUAUAAGUGACCUGUCCUCAUUCUUUACUACUCCAGCAGUCUGCAUGUCCUUUGCAAAUUUAUUGCAAGUGAUUUUUACAGUUUAUUCCAGAUCAUUGAUUUUUAAAAUUGAAUGCAAGGCAAGGUUUGUAGAGAGCAGUGAUAAGUUUUUAUUACAUCAGUGACAUGGGUAGGGGGUGGGGAAAAGCAAACAGACAGGCCAUUGAGUUUCUGUCCCUUUUAUACCAGAGCCUUUAAAACAUUGAGUAAGAUGGAAAAUAGCUCUAUUUCUUGCUGAAUCCCUAUUAAUAUUGUAUUUUGAAAUUAUUCUGAUUUUUAAAGAAAAUUACAUGCUCAUCUUGUUUUCAGAAGGUUACUCAGGGAUCUUCUGGGUAACACCUCAGUGCAGGUGUCUUUGCAAGCCGAGCUUAGUAUAUAGAAGAGUAAAAUGCAACCUGUUGUUCAAGACCUAUUCUCCAUGAAACUGUGUUGAUAUUUUAUAUCUAUCCUUAAAUUAGACUCAUGUGGGCCAGUUCAUGAUAUUGCUGUGACCACGUCUAAGCAAACAAGGCCAUUAAUUAGUCUGUUAAUCUGCUUCAGAACUAUAUAAUCCCUAUUACGAAGCAAGAGUUGACUUCAGGUUUUAGUAUUUAUUGUUACUUUUUCUUUUUUUUCCCAUUUUGUAUUGCCAUUAUUGCCUUUGCAUCUUCUGUUAAGCAAGUUGAUUUAACCAGUAAAACCUGCAGGCUACCAGGAAACACUGAACUCAGCUAUACAAUAAAGUCAGUGCCCCUUGAGGAGCUGCUGCUCCCGGGCAGGAGAAGAGAAUGUGACGUUUCACUGUCUUAGCGGCUCUGUUCGAUCAUGAGGAUGCUUUAAUUGCAGGACUCAAAAUAUCAGUGAUCAAAACUCAAAAGUCAUUAGGCAGUCUCCUGCUGGGAUGAGGCUUGGAGGACAACAGAAGGCCUGUGGCUUCUCUCAGCCCUUGUGUCCCGUUCCCUCGUGUUCACAUUUGUGUAGGCAAGUUGGAAUGCUACUGCCAGGCAGGGAAGUCCAUGGAGAAACGCUGCUCCCAGGAUGAAUGGCUCAAAUGAUCCAGUGUAGCACAGGGAGGACGCUGGUGGCACCUCUUGAACUACACAUGGGAUUAGGGACUUUUCUGAGAUACACAUCAGGCCUGCUCUGAAAACUGUUCCUGCUUGUUCUCUGCUGGGGUGAAUUAAUGCUGCUUAAAACCAGAAUUAAGUGAUCGGAUGCCAUCUUGAUGUGGGGAAGAGCAAGGAGUUAGCCUGAACUCUCCUUUUAGGAAGUACAACUUGAAAGUAAUUGCUAGUUCAAACCUGAAUAUAAAGUUUCACAGAACAUGAACAACUUUUGAAAUAUUGACUGAACAAAGACUUAAUUUAUUAGCUUUCUAUAGUUACCUAAUAUCUUCAGCUGUUUACUUGGUCCUCGAAUGGUAGAUGGUACCUUCUGUGGUUUUAAAGGCAUUACCUUCAAAUGUUUACAUUUUUACUAGUAUUGUGAUUUUUUUUUUUUCCCAUGGUAAUAAUAUUAAUAGUUAUUUUAUGGUGGCUUGUACGUAUUUGGAAAUACUGUCAGAGUAUUCAGAGUUGAUUUGUAAUUAAUGCAGACUGCCUUAAUAGAAAAAUGGAGAUUUGGACACUAAUGUAUUGUGAAAUGUUAGAAUAGAAAUCUUUUUUUGCUGCUAGCAUAUUGUAUUUCUGUUAAGAUAUGCAAGUGAAAUUAAAAAGCUUUCUAGAAUAAAA